AUGACCACGGAUGCUAUCCUGAAGGGUAGAGUUUUCAAGGAGGCCGAUUUCCUGUCCAUGGCACUUCCCUUGCUCCCCAACCCGGCCUUUACCCAUGUCGUGCUACUUGCUCUGAAGAAUGGCACGAGCCACGGUACGAGUCAAUACGGGGGUGACACUAAGAUUCUCAUCGCUACGAAAUCGUCCAGUAUCCUCCAACUUUUGGAAGAUCGACCUGAGGACUUGCGAACAGCCGAACUGGCCGUUUGCGUCAUCUCUCACUGCGUCCCAGUAAUCGUAUCCAACGAGGAGCCCCCAGACACCAAGCUUCUCUCGCCCUCCGCCGUCGACAUACCUCGUAUAACGCGCGUUUUUCUGAAAAUCCUCCGACAGCAUCCAGACGCCUCCCAGUCCCUUGUAGGCCACGUCUUAACGUUCCUCGCAGGCGCCAGUCGUCACUGCGCUGAAGCACUCUGGGACGACCCCGAUGCGAUCAAUUUUUUCGUCGCUGCUCUCCGCAGUGCAGACGUUCGCAUGCGAGCUUCCGGGGUGGGAGGAAUCUUGCGCGUUCAUGGGCGUUAUAUCAUGACGGAUGAGGAGACUGGGGAUCCUUAUAGGAUGAUCGAGGCGCUCAAAGAGGGUUGGCCCAGUCAUCUACGCAGUAGGAUGUCUGCGACUGAUAAGCUCGAGACUACCAGUACCACUAUCGCGAACUGGAAAUUCCAAGACGCCAUGAAGCAGGCCGUGAAAGACCGUGACUUGUGCUCUCUAGGCCUCAAGAUCGCGGAAAUUAUCCCUCUCUCUGAGUCCUCCAUCGUUAGGGGUGUAUGGCGGGUCAAGGAUCGCCAUACUGGUCAGCUCAAAGCCGACAGUCUCGGUCUUCCGUUUAUGAAGUGGGAGGACUCUCUGAUCUUUUGCGCGAAGGCUAUGCGCGAAAAGAUACCUUCGCUUCCGGUCGAGCAGAGACAGGUGAUGGAGGACAAGGCCGACAUGAUAGAGUUGAAGUAUUUUCUCAUCAACUCGAUGAUACCGGAACACCAUGCCCUCGCUCGUAAAGGCGUCGCACGAUCUCCCCAAAUCGGUUUCUUCCACUACGCCCUCACACUCGGUACGAACGCAGCCGACGGCCUUCGUUGGGCAAAGAAAGGACUGAAGUGCCCUAACCUCACCGCAUACCUCAAGUUCGGUAUGUUGUUUCGCGCAGCACAGCAUGCCGCCGACUUCGCCAUCGAAAAGUUGGAACGCGCGUGCGAAACAGGCCUGACACUGGACGAAGGGUUUGCGUUCGCGAUGUCUUCGUACGAGGACUCGACAACGUACCUGAAGGAGGCUCCACCCGAUUCGAAGCGGAUGAAAGAGCUGCUUUACUUGCAUCUUUUGAUGAUGUUUCUCGUGAAGGGCGACGAACUCGGUGCAGCCGAACUAGAGGACGUGAAAGCAAGGCUGAAACUUGCGGACGAAAUUUCGAUCCAUCUUGGUAUGACAAUCAAGGAGAAUCAGCUACGAAAAUCGCAUCAGGCUGUUCUCGAUCGUCUGGACGUAGCAUGGCGUGACUGGAAGGACAUCAUGACCAAGAUGCCUGGAGACGGGACGAAAAAUCAUUCGUCUUCCAAGAUCAAGCCAGACAAAGCCGAGGCGGACCUGAAUGCAUGGCUCAACAGAGGCGAACUUCAAGAUCCUGACGCGUACAGCGGCGCUCCCGAGGACUAUGGAACGAUCUCGGGCCACGAGCACACGCAGGCGAAGGUCAACUGGAGCGCGAUGGAAAUGUAUAGGUGUUCAUGGUGUAGGAACCCGAGUGCGGUGCUGAAGAAGUGUAAAGGGUGCGGAAAAGCAACCUAUUGCGAUGCUGUUUGCCAGGGAGAACACUGGAAGAAAGGGCACAAGAAGGUCUGCAAAAAGGCUGCUACCCCAUCUUGA